AUGGCUCCUCCUUCAUACAGUGAUCUCGGCAAAGCCGCACGCGACGUCUUCAACACCGGCUAUGUAUUCGACGUGCUCAAGUUAGACGUGAAGACCAAUCAAAACGUAGAAAUCAAGGCUGGUGGUACUCAGCAUUUGGUCUCGGGCGCUGUAAACGCCAAUUUGGAAACCAAAUAUGUGAUUAACAAAUCUAAAUACUUAUUUACAUUGGUUGAGAAAUGGAACACAAAUGAUGUUAUGACUACUGAAGCUUCUAUAAGCGGCUUGUUACCUGGUGUCAAACUUACAACUGAUGGUACAUUUGACCGCAAGAAACAAACUAAGGCUGUAAGAGUGAAGUCUGAAUACAAAAAUGAUUAUGUCUCACUCAACUUGGACACUGAGUUUAAAGCACUGAAACCUGUUAUUAACGCUUCUGCUGUAGUUGCUUACAAUGGAUGGUUGGGAGGUUUCAAUGUUAAAUAUAACACCAAUGACAAAUCAGUACAGUCUAACAAUCUUGCUCUCAGCUACAUUGCUAAGCAAUUUGUGUUUACCACCACUGUAAAUGAUAACAAGUUGUUUGGUGGCUCAGUUUUCCAAAAAUUAUCUGAUCAAUUAGAUUUGGGUUUGCAAGUUUCUUGGUCAUCUGAAAACAAUGAUUCUUCACUUGCUGUUGGUACCCAAUACCAACUGAACAAUGAUGUUAAGUUGCGAGCCAAGAUCAAUAACAAGAGUCAGUUGUGCCUAGGUUCUGGUAUUAAAAUCAAAGAUGGUGUUACAUUGACAUUGGCCAGCUUAAUGGAAUGUCGUCAGUUCAACCAGGGCGGUCACAAAUUUGGUAUCGGCUUGGAACUUGCUUUGUAA